AUGGCCCGGGCCUCCCGCACUCUCUAUGCGGGGACAGCAGCAUCCCAAGCCAGAGAGGUGCAUCCGCUGGAGGCUCAGUCAACACGACAGCCCUCUCCACGACGUUCGCCCUCGCCUUCUCUAGAGUCCAAAGCAAGGACACCCAGACCGGUUGCCCGCCCACGGCUUUCUACACCGAACCAGGUGCAGACGAUGCAGGGUGGAAAAAAACUGGAGGCCGGCUUGGCCCUGCGACGCCUAGUUGAUCUGAAAGAUGUUCUAUGUGGAACAAAGGAGGAAAAGUUGAUGGCACCGCGGCCACAGAAGCCGCGGCCGGCGCCUUUGACCGCUGUCAAUGGUUCUGACAGUCCACGGUCCUUAAGAGGUAGCUCAGUGCUCGUCCACCACAUGGCAAGUGAAGAGCUCUUUCCAUCGGCGGACGACAUUGUAGGACAGGCCGAGGCUGCCAGCACCGCCUGCAGUCCGAGUUUGUACAGCAUCGGUGGAGGCGGUGCCGGCAGUUCCACUGCGGAUGAACGCAUGCGCCAGCUAAAGCUCGAGAACCAAGCGCUUCGAGAAGCCUUUGGAGACACCCAGAAGAGGUUAAUGGAGCUGGAGGAUGAGAGACAAAGCUUCCUGGACGAAGGCGUCUAUGACGUGGUGAACUCCAUCUGUGGUCAGACUGGCCUCUCCCCGCGGGAUGCCAAGUGCCUUAUGGGCGAUGUGGAGAACAAGAAGACCAGCGGUGGAGGCACAGUCACGUACCACAUUGGAAGUACGGAUUUCCCGGAUCCGUUGACCUUCUCCGGCUCACCAGUGGCGACCUCCCCGUCUGCGGCCCAGAUCCUUGCCCGGCGCUCGGAGCAAGAUCUCAGGUCCGCGGAACUGAGUGGGGAAAAUGAUAAGCUCCGAAGAGAGCUGGAGCGAACCACCAAGAUCCUGGAGGUGCUGGAGCAACAGAAACAUCAGGCCGAAGACAAGAUGAUGGCCCUGGAGCAGGACGCCAUGGCUUUGGAUCCUCUGUGCCAAAUUCACUUGGUAGAACCACACAUUCUGGCUUGUAUAUAUUUGUAUCAUUUGUACUGUACACACAUAAAUAAACAAAUAUAUACGUAUUACUACAUAUAUAUACAUACAUACAUACAUACAUACAUACAUAUAUAUAUAUAUAUACACAUGUCAUAUUUCAGAGGCAUUUAA